AAAUAGUUGGGAAAAAAACAAACCUAGAGCACAGUACGUUGGGUGUUAAAGAGUAAGUCGGUCGGUCGAUUGGUUGGUUGGUUGGUUUUAAGCAUCGAGGCGCGUCUGGCAAUGCGUUGGCUUAGCAUUGGACUGUGCCUCUGGCUGGUGUGUCUGCUGUACGGCUCUGGAGAGGCAGCCUCCAAACGCGUGAAAUUGUGCCUGGAGCCAGCGAUCAGCGGUCGCUGCUUCGGCUAUGUGGAGAGCUAUGCCUACAAUCCUAUCAAGCGGCACUGCGAGCAGUUCGUCUAUGGGGGCUGUGGCGGGAACGAUAAUCGCUUUACCACUAAAGCGGAGUGCGAAUACAAUUGUCGUGAUGUUUAACAAUAACAAAUAGCGCAUGAAUGACAUAAAAAUUAAGUGUACUUUGAGCUUCGACUUAACAUACUAUAUUUACAAUAUCAUACAAAUAUCAAGACAUACUAUACAUAUA